AUGUACAGCGGCAAGUCCCUUCCCAGCAAAAAGCGGCAAAACUCUGCAGCAGCAGCAGCAGCUGCAGCAGCAGCAGCAGCAGCAGCAGCAGCAGCGGGAGCAGGGCGGGGUGCAGAGGGGUGGAGCAGCAGCAGCAGGCGGGGGAGCCGCAGCAGCAGCAAAAGAAGCAGCGGAGUCGUUAUGCUGCAGCUGCUGCAGCAUCAGCUGCAGCAGCAACAGCAACUGCAGCAGCAGCAGCAACUACGGCUGCAGCAGCAACUGAAGCAACAGCAACUACAGCAGCAGCAGCAGCAGCUGCAGCAGCAACCGCUGCUUCGCUGGGGGCACUGCUGA